GAUCAUUUGCGGUUUGCCUGUAUGCUCUAGAUUGGUGUUUUUUUGUAUGAUUAAUUUGUAUGAGAAAAUUGAUGUUAAACUUUUAUUUUGAAAGAAACUUGUUAUUGUAAAUUUUUUACCACAAAAACCCACGGGUACCCAUGAACCCGUGGAUACCCGGCGGGUUAGGUUGGGUUUGAGUUUUUCAAACCCAACGGGUUUUACCCCGGGUUUUUUUUAUGGAUAAACCCAUGGGUUUGGGUUUGGAUUUAACAAAACCCGCUCCAACCCAACCCAUUGCCAUCCCUAGCAAUAAGGGGUUGUGGUCUAUUUCAUUAUCCGGCCAGUUGAUUGAAUUUACACGACAAUAUGACCAAGUUAGAUAGAAUAUUAAGGAUAGUGGCCAAUAUGUGCAUACAUCUUUGGUUUUAGUGUCUGUAUGUAGUUUGACCCUUAAUUAUUAUUUCUCCAAUCCAGUCAGUCCCCACCUUCCUUCCUCUUUUUAUAACACCAAAAGGCAAAAACACCUCCACUUCUUCUUCUUCCCAUUCUUUUCCUCCAAUAUUCAGCCAUGGACGAAGCUCAAGAUAAUUACUACUACGACCAGAACAACAACAGCAACAACAAUGGCAAUACUUCCUCCCCCUGCGACACCGAUCUCGAUUUCAGCUUCAACUCCACCGUCACCGACCGCACCUUCGCUUCCUCCAGCGCCCGCUCCAGUCUCGCUCGCUCCAGCUUGACCCUCAGCUUCAACGACCGCCUCUCCACCACCUCCUCCUCCGUCACCGCCUCCGCCACUCUUUCUUCCUACAACUCCUUCGACUCGCUGCACCACCGCAGAUCCGACCCUCACUGGUCCGCAAUCAGGACCGCCACGAACCUCUCCUCCGACGGGCGCCUCCACCUCAGCCACCUCAAGCUGCUCCGCCUCCUCGGCGCCGGAAAUUUGGGCCGCGUCUUCCUCUGCAAAAUUAGGGACUGCAGCGACUCUGCCUCCAGCCAAUUCGCCCUCAAAGUUGUGGAUCGAGAUACCCUCAGCAAGAAGAAGCUCUCUCACGUGCAGAUGGAGGCCAGGAUCCUCUCCCUGCUAGACCACCCUUUCUUGCCUACGCUCUACGCGCGAAUCGACGUCUCGCACUACACUUGCCUCCUGAUCGAUUACUGCUCCAACGGCGACCUCCACUCUCUCCUCCGGAAGCAGCCGGGGAACCGGUUCCCACUCGCCGCGGUGAAGUUCUUCGCCGCCGAGGUGCUGGUGGCGCUCGAGUACCUCCACGCUCUGGGGAUUGUUUACAGAGACCUCAAGCCGGAGAACAUUUUGCUGAGGGAGGACGGCCACGUCAUGCUCUCGGAUUUCGAUUUGUGCUUCGAGGCCGAUGUGGACCCCACCUUUCGCUGCGAUCGCGUGGGGCCCACGCGGCGGCGGCGGAGGAGUAGGAGGAGAAUGGUGGUGGCGGCGGAGUUCGUCGCGGAGCCGAAUGCCGCUUUCUCGAGCUCGUGCGUUGGGACCCACGAGUACCUGUCGCCGGAGCUUCUCUCCGGGAGCGGCCACGGGAACGGCGUCGACUGGUGGGCGUUCGGGGUGUUGAUCUACGAGCUGAUGUACGGGACGACGCCGUUCAAAGGUGGAAGCAAAGAGAGCACGCUCCGCAACAUCGCGUCGAGCAAGCAGGUCGCGUUUCCUCCGCCUUCGGCGGGAGGGAUGGAAGAGGCGGAGGAUUUGAUUCGGAAGCUUCUCGUGAAAGAUCCGCGGAGACGGCUCGGGUGCAGCAAAGGCGCGACGGACGUGAAACGGCACCGUUUCUUCGAGGGGAUCAAGUGGCCGUUGAUAAGGCACUACUCCCCGCCGGAGCUUCGCGGGCUGGCGGUGAAGAGAGCCACUAGCAACGGAGGACGUGGCGGUCACGUGAUGACGGUGGCGCCAAAGAUUCGGCGGAGUUGGUGCGUGAAGGGGCUGGUAGACUAUAUGUUUAGGAGAAGGAAGAAGAGAUAUUCCCGGUCCCGGCUGAAUUCUUCUUCUGCUUAUCAUCAUCAGGCCACCACAAAUUGCAAUUACUAUCAGUAUAAAGUUAGGGUGGCUUGAUUCAUUGGAAACAGACUUGGAUUCCUUUUUGGGGUUUUUCCCUUUUUAGCCUCAACUGAGUGCAUGGCGUACGUGUGUUAAGAAUCGUCAGACGAUUAUGUAAAUUAUCGACAACGAUAAGACAUGUUUUAGGGAUAGUGUGUUCCAUUUUUCACUCAGUAGUAAAGAGUGUAAGCUUCCAUAGUGUAGCCUUGCUCUUUGCUUGCUUAGCUUUUUUUUGUUGUUGUUAAACUGAUAUUGAAAUCCUCUGAAGUAAUAUAUAAAAAAGAAAGAUUUUACAAAAAAGUAACUAGAAUAUGUUCUCUAUAGUGUUUUUUUUUUCCAAGGCAAGCCCAAAGGGCAUGGGAGAAAGACUCGACACAAUUACAAUAUAGACUCAAACCCAUUGCGUUAGUCUGUUUGCGCAUAGUUAUUGUCGGAAGUUUUGUAUGAUUGUUGUGAAUGAUAACAUUAAUACAUUAUGUACAAUUUUUUUAUGAGAUUUUUUAACGAGUUUUGUUCUACAGUGUGCCGAGAGAAGAUAAAUUUGGAGGAGGUGAGGCCGAUGGGCUAGGCCUGUAGCUGGAUCUCGCCAGGGCACGAAUAGGAAAAUCGAAUGAGUAAGGCCCAGUUAAGGGUCGUGGGCGGGUGGGAAUAUAAAGGCGGGCCAAAAUUUCUGGAGGAAGAAGAUAAAGGAAAGAAGCGGGUACGGAGCGGAACUGUAGACUACAUGCAAUUCUAGAAGACCACUCAACUGCCUCAUUUGUCGUCGCCGACCAUUUCUGUUGCAACCGUCACUUGUGCAAUACUGGUAUCACACUAUCACCGCCAUCUCCAAUCACUACUGUUGAGCUUUUCAGCCUUUCGUCGUUGUGCUCAUAUGCUUUUUUCUUCUUCGGUAGGCUGAGUGAAAAAAAUUUAAGCUAUGGAAUAACAAUGCGUGAGGAUGCGAUCAUAACCACAGACUAUAUUUCGUUGAACGAAUUGAGCAUAGAAAUUGCAAGGAAAGUAAAGAGAAAGCUGAAGCAAUAAAGGAAUUUUUCUGUGUUUUUGAGAAUUAUGAUUACAACUGUCAUUAAAGUUUAAAGUUGUGG